GCCCUUCCUACAUCUACUGAAUGACAGUUGUUGAAAUGGUGUAGAGGUUGAAAUUGCAGGAAAGCAUUCAGUUUGCUAAAAAUAGGUAUUUUGGAGAGAGAAAAAAGGAAUCACAGUCUUUAUGAAAAGCACAUUGUGAAUUUAUUGUUGUUACUCUUCUUUGUCCAGAGAAGGUUGAGGUAGUCUGCUUGUCACUCACAGGACUACAUGGAACUCUGCUGAUCAGGCUGUUACUCACACUUGUCGUCAUGUUGGCAGAAGGCAUCUUAACUAGACUAACAUAUAAAGAAAGCUGUCAUCAAGAUAAGCCUCGCAAAUCUCAUGCAUCCAGAAAGGAUAAAGAGGGAAUCUGGAGACAGAAACUUGUAGACAACCCACAAAUCAGAGGCUUUGAUGAUGGACAUGAGAAGCAGGGUGAGAUAUCUGCUGGAAGCAACAGAAUGGAACACAGGAGCAAUCCUCAUUGGAGAUCUGCAGAACAGGAACCUGCAAAGGAACAGAAAGCACUUGUUAAAGGAACUGUGUCACCAGCUUUACAUAUCCCCGGAAGAGAACAGGAUACUGAUCAGGUGGAUUUGUACAGGUCCUGGUUGUGCAACAGCAUCUACCAAAACUACCCUGACCUUCAUAUUGGGGGAGACCGUGUGGGGGACCACAUGUGUGAUUCGGGUUGUGUUUUGGACCAUGCAUGGGAUGAGCUUCCCGAUGGCCCUGUUUUACUGUCUGUAGAUAUCCCUUUAGGUCAGUCCCUUCCAUGUGAGCAUCCUGAGAAACCAAGCGUGAACUCCCUGUGUGGAGAUGAAGGUGGGGAAAGGAGUAUUGUGCUCUGUAAGGAGCCCCUUUCAAACUCCGCGCUCAACAGGUACAUGGAAGCAAAAGUGGCAGAGCUCUAUAAAGAGGUCUUUGAAGAAAACCUGACCAGAUGUGGUUCUGUAACAAACCUCCUCACCUGCAGCUGGAUAAGGAAUAACCUGACUCAGAUAAGCUUUCAGCUAUCACAGGAGCAGAAUAUAGAAACAUCCAAAGCCAGAGAAGUGAUCUUACACUCUUUAGCUUUGUUUAGUUUGUGUAACACUACCAAUAGGAAUAGCUCUGAUUUCAGUACACCAAACCUACAAAUCUCAAACCCAGCAUGCAUGAGAAAGAGCUGCAAGACGCAGUUUACAUCAUGACUGAUCAACUUAGCUGGAGCGAUGCAUAUGGUUUGCAUGCAAGUAUUUCACUCCAAGGAUUAGGUUGGGAAAUCAGAACAUUUACACACUACAGACUUUUUCAGAUGAACAUGUUAAGGCUGGAACCAUACUUUGUUAGCAGAGGAAGUAAAGGUCAUUGUUUUAAUCCUAAUAUAGAAUUUGGAAUUAAUUUCUCUCUAAAAUACUAGUGAACCAUAUCUUUAUACUAUGUCCUCCUAAGACUCUGUAUGAGUAGUCACAUACCAUUGGAUUUACUCCUGAAAGAAAGAAAAAUCAAUUGAAACAUGGCUGAUAAACUUCCCUCUAAGAGACUGUGAAAGAAUCAGGUUGUCUUUGCUAGG